AUAACAAUGCCCACUUUUCAUAAUGAAUGUUCAGUACCCAGCUCUUUGUGGCUCACCGGCAUCCCAGGACUGGAGUCCCUGCACAUGUGGCUCUCCAUCCCCUUUGGCUCCAUGUACCUGGUGGCUGUGGUGGGGAACCUCACCAUCCUCGCUGUGGUAAGGGUGGAGCGCAGCCUGCACCAGCCCAUGUACUUCUUUCUGUGCAUGCUGGCUGUCAUCGACCUGGUUCUGUCUACUUCUACUAUGCCCAAACUUCUGGCGAUUUUCUGGUUCGGGGCUGGCAACAUUGGCCUGGAUGCCUGCUUGUGUCAAAUGUUUCUUAUCCAUUGCUUUGCUACUGUUGAGUCGGGCAUCUUCCUUGCCAUGGCUUUUGACCGCUAUAUAGCCAUCUGCAAUCCAUUGCGUCAUAGCAUGGUACUCACCCAGGCAGUGGUGGGUCGUUUGGGGCUGGCUGCCUUCCUCCGAGGAGUUCUUUAUAUUGGACCCCUACCACUUAUGAUUCGCCUGCGGUUGCCUCUUUAUAAAACCCGAGUUAUCUCCCACUCCUAUUGUGAGCACAUGGCCGUGGUUGCCUUGACCUGUGGUGACAGCAGAGUUAACAAUGUCUAUGGGUUGAGCAUUGGCUUUCUGGUGUUGAUCCUGGAUUCAGUGGCCAUUGCUGCCUCCUACGUGAUGAUUUUCAGGGCUGUGAUGGGGCUGGCCACUCCUGAGGCUAGGCUUAAAACUCUGGGGACAUGUGGGUCUCAUAUCUGUGCCAUCCUGAUUUUCUAUGUUCCUAUUGCUGUUUCUUCUCUCAUUCAUCGGUUUGGUCACCAGGUGCCUCCUCCAAUCCACACUCUGCUGGCCAACUUCUAUCUCCUCAUUCCCCCCAUCCUCAAUCCCAUUGUCUAUGCUGUUCGCACCAAGCAGAUCCGGGACAGGCUUCUUCAGAUCCUAAAGACAAGAACCAAGAUCAGAUGA